AUGGCCGAGGGGAAGCCCAACGUGACCGUGAUCGAACACAAGGACUUCAACGAGUAUAGUCCUGAGUUGUUAGAAAAACUGAAAGGCGCGGAUGGAUGUAUUUGGGCGCAGGGCAUUUCGCAAACGCAGGUGUCGAAAGAGGAAUACGUGAAAAUCACCCUCGACUACCCCCUUGCGGCUGCGAAGGCCUUUGCGGGAUUGUCAGAGAAGUUCAACUUCGUGUAUGUUUCUGGGGACGGGGCGACCCAAAACCCGGGCUUCUUGACGCCAUACUUCGGCAGUAUCAAAGGGAAAUGCGAAUCGGCGCUCAUCGAGCUCUCAAAAACACACCCGAGUCUGAAGCCCUAUAGCGUGCGACCGGCGUACGUGGACCCCGCGCAUGACCCGCAAGUCUGGAAGCAUAUUUUGCAGCGACCGGACCAUACUGCGGGGAAGACGCUGCUGCGGAAUGUCAUGGGGCCGCCGCUUCGAGCCCUUUGGUCGAACAAGGUCUCGCCGACGAAGGAGCUUGGAGGGUAUCUGACGAGGUUGGCGAGUGGGGAUGGAAGACCGUUGUCUGGAGAGGGGGUUAGUGGCGGUGGAUGGAUUGUUUCGAAUGAUGCUUUCCGGAGGGCGAUGGGGAUUUGA